AAUGAAGGAAAUAUGCCCACAAGUACUCUUCUGCCCCCACUUCUUCAGUGGAUUCAACGUGAAGAGAACUCAAAAGUUGAUCAAUAAUUCUCAAAGAAUAAGGGGGCAUACAUUGGCCAUACCUCAUAGACACCUAUCCAUCAAUAUUCAAGAAUUGUGGAAAUUUUUCAAGAUUUCAACUUGAAAUUUGUUUUCAAUUAGGGUGUAAGGUAUUGAUGAUCCGCUGAGUAAUAAACCCAACUCUCAACGAAAUGUGGAGGCUAAGCGAAUCCAUUUUGGGGGAAAAUGAAGAGCAGCAAGAUAAUCUGUUUGGUGACCAAGAAGCCCUCUGCUCUGUUUCCCCUUUACAGAGAGUUUAUGGUUUCGCGGCUUGUCUUCUCGCUGGCUUUAUUUGUAUGUUCCUGUCAAUGAUUGUGUUCAUCAAGCCCAUUAAAUUUGCCUUGUUAUUUACUUUUGGCAACAUGUUGGCCAUUGGAAGCACAACUUUUCUCAUUGGACCUAUGCAGCAACUUUCAAUGACGAUGGAUCCAGUUCGUGCCUAUGCCACAUCCAUGUAUGUGGGAUGUGUUGUUUUAGCUCUCAUUUGUGCACUCUGGAUCCACAGUAAGAUUCUGACACUACUUGCAAUCAUAUGCGAAAUAUGUGCCCUUGUCUGGUACAGUUUAAGUUAUAUUCCUUUUGCCCGUAGAAUGGUUUCAAAUGUCGCAAUCCGCCUUUUUGACACUGAAGUCUAGUGGAUUCUAUGCUGAAGCAACAUCACUCAGUAUAUUUUUGAGAGUCGUCUACUCAACUUGGAAGAGGUGCUUCCCUGCCGAUUAUUUUGAAGAGAUAGAUAAUUCUUUUUGGUUUUCAUCUGAUGACAGACGGAACUCCACUUUUCAAACAGGUGUGAAUGAAUUCGUUUGGACAGUUAACUUUUAUGCUGACAUAGGUUGUACCCUCUGGUUU